AUGCAAGAGAGGAUAGACCGUCUACAGCAAGAACUCCGUGAAAAAAACGGCGCAAGUAAAGAGCCACCCACUCCGCUAAUCUCGACUCCUUUCACCGACGACGUCAUGAACGCGCAUUACCCGCAAGAUCUCAGGAUCCCGAUGAUGCGAACAUACAUCGGGCGGUCUGAACCUCAAGAACACAUCGAUAUGUAUUAUGGCAACAUGUUGAUGUUAGGAGUGAGCGACGCAGUCAUAUGCAGAGCCUUCUUUGCCACCUUGGCUGGAAAAGUGGCCGAGUGGUUUAGAAUGCUGGAGCCACGGUCGGUUGGAAAUUUUAGCCAGCUAGCUGACAAAUUUGUGAGACGAUUCGCAGUCAACAGAUUGAAAAAGAAGCCAUACACCUAUCUUAAUCCAGUCAAGCAGGACGUGGGAGAAGCCUUGUCCGUUUUCUUACAAAGGUGGGAUCGUGAGGUCGAACAGGUAGAGCCAAUGGAAGAUCAGGCGGCAAUCCACGCCUUCCUGACGUCACUUCGCUCCGGGGCACUCUAUUACGACCUCAUCGUUAAUCCCCCUAAGACCUACGAGGAAGCAAUCACCCGGGCCCGACACCAUGCCGACGCCACAGAGGCUAACUUGGCCAAGAGACGGGACGAGCAGCCGUGCAACCUGGUCCACCCGCCCGAACCAAUACCUGAAGGAACAGACAAGAACAAGUAUUGUGCUUUCCAUAAGACCAAAGGCCAUGACACGGCAGAAUGCAUAGCCCUACGCCUGGUAAUUGAACAACUCAUUCAGAAUGGAGAGUUGGAUCAGUUCGUGAAAAAGAACGAACGAGACAAGGAGAAGUUCAAGAAAAAUGUGUGGAAAAGGAACCCUAAAGAGCAAUCUAAGGCACCCGGUCUGCAUGGGUCAUCUGACGAUAAGGCGACCGGAAAGAAACCUGUAAUCAACGUCAUCUAUGGAGGCUCAGAAGGCGGAGACUCUUCACGUCAAAGGAAGCAAUGGGCAAGAAAUUUGUAUGUCGGGUCGGUCCACUCAGAACCCCGGGAGAAAAAGAAGCGUGUAGAGCCGAUUUUCUUCACAGAUGAAGAUCUUCCCAUGCAUGGGGAAGCCCAUAGUGACUCACUUUUCGUCACGAUGGACAUCAAUGAGAUGGAUGUCCAGCGAGUGCUAGUUGACACAGGAAGUUCGGUGAACAUCUUGUACUUCAACGUUUUCACCCGGUUGGGUCUGACGACCGACCAGCUGACUCCUAUUCGAACCCCGCUAUCAGGUUUCACCGGCGACUCCAUAGAGGCAGAGGGAGUCAUCAGUUUGAAUGUGGAAUUAGGUGUCCGGCCGAAUAUCUUGAGGACUAUCAUGGAAUUUGUGGUGGUCAAAUUAAAAUGUGUUCACAACGCAAUACUCGGUCGACCGGGUAUCUCCCAAGAGGCCACCGUCAUAUCAAUGAACCACCUAUGCAUGAAAUUCCACACGCCAAACGGGAUCGGAGUGGUUCGUGGAGACCAGCGAGUUUCCCGUCAGUGCUACGUACAAGCAGUCAAGCAGUCCGACCGCGAAGACGCUAGGAUCCAUACCAUAUCCCUCUCCUGUCGGUAG